AUGCGUCCGCUCGAGGAAUCCGAGAUUCAGCAGGUGUUCGAGAAGCUCUUCAAAUUCGUGGGAAAGAACCUGAAGAACAUCGUAGAUAGGGCCGAUCAGCCGCACUGCUUCAGGUUACACAAGAAGCGAGUGUACUAUGUGAGGGAGGACAUCAUGAAACGCGCAACGAACAUAUCGAGGGACCAACUCGUGUCCCUCGGGGUGUGUGUCGGUAAAUUUACCCACUCCGACAAGUUCAGGCUCAUGAUUGGUGCACUGGAGCUCCUCGCCGCACACGCCAAACACAAGAUGUGGGUAAAGCCCACUUCGGAGAUGUCGUUCCUCUACGGCAACCACCUGCUCAAGUCCGGUCUUGGGCGCAUUACCGAGAACACCCCCGCGAACCAGGGUGUCGUAAUCUUCUCCAUGUCCGAUGUGCCGCUGGGUUUCGGAGUCGCCGCAAAGAGCACGCAGGACUGCCGCAAGCUGGACCCGAGCGCCAUCGUUGCGUUCCACCAGGCGGACGUGGGCGAGUAUCUUCGCGCGGAGGAUGACAUGGUUCAGGGGAAGAAGGAGUGA